CCCUCCUUUUCCUGUUUCUCAUUUUAACAAUUUAGAAACCAACCUCUUUCCUCCCUAGGAAGUGGGUUAGACCUGGCCACCUUGCAGCUCAAGCGUUUCUGGAACCCAAGAUAUCCAAGGAAAAUAUGUUAAUGCUUACAGCCCUUGGGAGGAUGAGAUCAAAAUGUCUCAGAAGAUGCUUUUCAGGGAGAGUGAGGAAGCCCUGGACAGGGCUUCCCGAACGCUGACGUGGAGCACCCGGUUCUGAAUCCCUAUGGAGAAGUUUGGGAUGAGUUUCGGAGGCGGCCCGAGCAAGAAGGACCUGCUGGAGACUAUAGAGACUCAGAAGAAACAGCUCCUCCAGUACCAGGCACGUCUCAAGGAUGUGGUCCGUGCCUAUAAAAGCCUGUUGAAAGAGAAAGAGGCUCUCGAGGCCAGCAUCAAGGUGCUGUCAGUAUCCCACGAGGCGGAUUUGGGCCUUGCAGGUGUCCAGCCUCCAGGCCUCUCCUUUCCUGACUCCGUGGACGACCGGUGCUCCACUCAUAGCGAGGAUAGCACCGGGACCGCCACCAGCUUGGAUACUGCGGCCAGUCUCACCAGCACCAAGGGUGAGUUUGGGUUAGAAGAUGACAGACUGGCCCGUGGACCACCACCUCCAAAGUCUGAAGAGGCCAGCGGGUCGGAGAGUGGCGUUAGCAGUAGCAGUGGGGAUGGGCUACCUGGGGGUGGGGAGGUAGAUAAACGACUUCACCAGCUGAAGACUCAGUUGGCUACUUUGACCAGCUCUUUGGCUACAGUCACCCAGGAGAAGUCUCGCAUGGAGGCUUCUUACCUGGCUGACAAGAAGAAGAUGAAACAGGACUUAGAGGAUGCUAGUAAAAAGGCAGAGGAGGAGAGGAGCCGUCUGGAGGGAGAAUUGAAGGGACUGCAGGAGCAGAUAGCAGAAACCAAAGCCCGUCUUAUCACACAACAGCAUGAUCGGGCCCAAGAGCAGAGUGACCAUGCCUUGAUGCUGCGUGAGCUCCAGAAACUGCUGCAGGAGGAAAGGACCCAGCGUCAGGACUUGGAGCUUCGGUUAGAAGAGACCCGAGAGACCCUGGCAGGGCGGACAUUUGCAGCCGAUCAGAUGGAAGGGUUUGAACUGCAGACCAAGCAGCUGACUCGAGAGGUGGAGGAGCUGAAAGGUGAGCUACAAGCUCUUCGAGAUGAGAAGAAUCGGCCAGACCCCCGACUGCAGGAGCUUCAGGAGGAGGCCGCCUGCCUUAAGAGCCAUUUCCAGGCUCAGUUGCAGCAGGAAAUGAGGAAGACAGCCCUUGCCGAGGAUCAACUGCGCCAGCAAUCUCAGGUGGAAGAGCAGAGGGUGGCGGCCCUGGAGAAUCAAAUAUCUGAAGUGUCAGAACUGCUGGGCACCUAUGAGAAAGCCAAGCAGAAGGACCAACUGACCAUCCAGAAGCUGAAGGAACGCAUUCUGCAGCUGGACCUGGAGAACAAGACACUGGCUCUUGCAGCCUCAAGCCGGUCUCCGCUAGACAGCCACGGGGAGGAGUCCAAUCUAGACAUCAAUGUUCUAAAGGAUAAGAUGGAGAAGCUGAAGAGGCUGUUGCAGGUUGCAGCCAGGAAAAGCCAGGUGACCCUGGAUGUGGAGAAGCUCUGCGACCUGGAGAAUGUGCCCAGCUCAGAGGCUGCUGAUGGCGAGAAGGCUACUGCGCUCUACUACCAACAGGAGCUGAAACAGCUGAAGGAGGAGUUUGAGAGGUACAAGACAAGGGCCCAGGUUGUCCUUAAGAACAAGAACACCAAAGAUAGCAAUCUGGCCAAGGAGCUGGAGGACACGCAGGAACAGCUCGCAGAGCUGAAGGAGAAGUACAUCUCCCUGCGGCUGUCCUGCGAGGAGCUGGAGCGGCAGCACCAGCAGGAGACCGAAGACUGGAAGCAGGAGCUGGCCCGGCUGCAGCAGCUCCACCGGCAGGAGCUGGAGAGGAACCAGCUGGACUUCAGGGACCGCACGCUGAAGCUGGAGGAGGAGCUGCACAAGCAGAGGGACCGGGCACUGGCUGUGCUGGCUGAGAAGGACUUGGAGCUGGAGCAGCUGCGUUCUGUGGCCUUGUCAUCCGUGUUGCCAGGCCGCAGGAGCCCUGUGGGUGGCAGCGGUCCUGGGGACCCGACUGACAUAUCUUCCCCAGAUAGCCUGACCCAAGCUCUGCAGCUUGCUGCGGCCAAUGAGCCCACUUUCUUCCUCUACGCAGAGCAGUUGGCCCGCAAGGAGGUGGAGAUCACAUCGCUGAGGAAGCAGAAGCACAGGCUGGAGGUUGAGGUGCAUCAGUUGCAGGAUCGGCUGCUGGAGCAGGGUGAGCAGCAUCGAGAAGAGGUUGGGGCCCUGCAGAGCCACAUUGAAAAGAACAUCAGGGACCAGAACAGGGAGGGGGCCAACCUGGAGUACCUCAAAAACAUCAUCUAUCGCUUCCUGACCUUGCCUGACACCCUGGGCCGCCAGCAGACGCUCACUGCCAUCCUGACUAUCUUGCACUUCAGUCCAGAGGAGAAACAAAUAAUAAUGCGGCUCCCAGCCAGUGGUGGCUGGUGGCCUUCUGGCAAGAGAUGAUGCCAUUUUCACUAACUGUUGAAAUUUCUGUGCCUCUUAUGUGGGAAGGGACAGACUCUGGUUUCUGCUGCCUCUUCUCUUACUCUAGCGUUUAUUUCUUCACUGUGGUGAACUGGGAGGCAUCUUCAGUGUGGGAUGGGAUUUUCUGCCAAAUGCCAUUAAUGCCACUUUAUUCUUGGGCCCUAGAGAUACUUGAACUGUUGGGACAGUAUCUUCUGGUGUUUGUGAGUGAGGGGCCUUGGAAGAAAGGUUAUGUGAGGUUAUUGGGAGAAUGUGAGAAUCUUUUAAAAUUAGGUUUUUUGUUUUAAUGCUAUGCUCCUGGUGCAAAGCUAGGAGUAAAUGUGACUCCCAGGGGAGUUCAGUUACUUUGUCCACACGUGCACGGACUGGCUGUUGAUUCUGUUGCAUCACAGCCCAAGUCUGGUCCACUGCUGCCCCAAUUCUCUGGGGAACCAGGAAGUGUGAAUUAGUGACAGGAUUGUUUGCUAGUCAAAAGGGCCAAAGAAUAAUGAGUUGAUCCUGGAACCGGGAAUGUGUGUCUGGUGAGGUCCUGGGGGUGACUUACCAGUCACACAAAAUACACCGCUUAUAGCCUGGCAAGGACCCCAUGUGCCAGCUUGAUCUUAGGGGUUUCCUGAGUGACCUGCUUUAGGCCUAGAUUAUAGUAGACCCCUUACACUUAACCCUGCCUUAAACUGCCUGCCUAAAGUUGGCCUGAGAGCGUGAGUAAAUAACGGUUUGCGCUCCCUCAGUGUUGAACUACCAUUAAGAAAAUGCUAGCUCCACAUGGGGGGUGCGGGGGUGGGGGGUGUCCAGUCAGGAAGCUGUGAUCCUGCCUGGAGAUGAGGUAUUGACGCAGAGAUUUGCCCCCAUUGUUUCUGCCUUUGUAGGCACAAGGAAGAGGAGGGAGAUUUAUUGCAGAGGAUUUCAGAAGAUUGCCAUGACCCUCCCGGGAAAGUGGUGCAAGUUCAGCCGAGGCUGGGCUGCACUUCUUUCAGCCCCAUGGCAUUUUGGCUAAAUCUCCAUGUUCCUGCAGCCAGUGUUCAUGGUUACUCUCACUGGGGUAUUUUGCCUGUUCCCUUAGGGAGGUCAUUCCUUUAGGGAGUUUCAGGCCACCGUCCUCUUCUCCCCACCACAUUGUUCCUCCUUCCUGGGAGUUUCUUAUAUUUGGUCUUACAUAAGUGGAUUCAUUUUGCACUUAGGACAAGGAGGCUUCUUAUCCAGCCAGUCUGGAAAGGAAGGGCCAGAAAAAUCAGGUGGAAUCCAUCAGUCCCCCUUUUCUUUCAUUUUUCCUGCUUUUAGGGAUCUUUGGGCCAAAAAGAUCAAUGCUUUGCCACUCACUGGACUAACAUUUUUUGUUAUUUUAUCAUAGAGAUCUGUUUUGUGAGGGCUUAGGGUACAGAAGACUUUGAUUAAAUGUUCUGAUUGGGAUACUGGGUGACUUGGACUAUCUUAAAGCAGGGAGCAGACUUCUGGAACAGAAGUGAAGUAUUCAAAUGAUAACAACAUAAACCAUGGAAUCAUUAAACUUGACCAGCUUUGCCUGUCUGCUUCUGCAAUGGUGUGUACGUAUCUGGACAAACAGCGAGGGAAGGUAAACAGUGAACUUACAGGGUGGGAGUACUAAUUUAUUCUGCUAGUGCAGGAACCAAUUCCAGGGAAGAAUACCACAGUGCUUUCACCCUUAAUUAUAGCACGCAUUUCUUCCUCUGGAAUUGUGUGUAUGUGUGUAUAGGCAGCUACACCAGAAAACACUUUCUCAUGGGUUUAGUGGACAGCUUGAGACUUCCGUAAUUGCUGUCUUAAGCUCUCGAAGUAAUCUGUGUAUGAAUGCUUUAAUUUUUUUUUAAGAUUUUUCUUUUUUUAAGAUUUAUUUAUUUAUACAAGCACUGGGUACAGUCAGAAGCACGGGAGGAUUCACCAGAGCCAGAGCGGGAAACAGAACAGCAGAUGGAAGAAAUACACUGCUGAGGGGAGCAGCGGGUGAGAUAGGAGAGGUCUGCACACCAUGUGGGACCCUUGCCGGCAGCCGGGAAUCGAACCGGCCCUGCAGAGGCUGUGGCUAGCUUCGCAGCCCAGUGCUCAACCGCUGCACCACCAGGGGAGGCCCUGAGUGCUUUAUUAUGUGUAAAAUCAGGAUUGAUGGUAUCCUGGAAAAAUAACAUCAGACUAAACUAAAUAAUAAUAAUAAUAUAUAAUAAGUAACGCUUUUUAAAUUUCCCUACCUUGAUUUCCUUUACCAUCAGGUAUAUGAUUGCUGUUAUUUUUAGGUGGUUUAGGAAAGAAUUGAAAGAUCUUUAGUCAUACCUGCUUUCCCAGGACUAAUCAUUCCUGUGUUUUUGACUUUUAAGAAGAUACCAGGUAGGGAAAGAAGCAGUUUCUCAGUAAUUUUACUAUCUGAACACAAGGCUACGGCUGCUGCGAAGUGACACUAAAAGACUUGGUCCUUCCUAACCUUAAGGACACAUUGAGCCUCAAACCAGACAUCAAUGCAGACAUGCAGACCUUCGAAGUUUCCCAUCUCUUGUCCCCCUAAAUGAGUUUUCUAGUUAUUUGACUGGUAAGUCUACUCUGGGAAAGAAAAUGGAAAGAGAAAGAAGCAAUCAGAAAAUAAAUUUUCCUUAGGCCCUGGCUCUAGAAUACCAGACAGAGCACAUGGUAUGUUGAUAAGGUAAUGACACCAGAUCUUGUUUUACUAUACAAGUUAUAGGAGGAUUGCUGUGAUGAAGAGAUGGAGGGAGAAAAUGGGAGGAAGAUAAGUUGACAUCUGUGAGGGCUUCUGCCUUCCCUUCCCCACUCCUGUUGGGGAACAAACAUGCCCACAUAUCGUGCUCUAGGUGUAGUUAAAUCCUGAUCUGUCAUCCAGAACUUGAAGGUACUCGGCCUUGUGAAGAUGCUACGACAGCGUUUGUUUUGACAACUCCUGCUGAGCAUUCCAGUACCAUCUUCAGCCACUGAUGCUCAUUAGAUCAGUUACUCCUCACAGGCUUAUCCCCCUUUUUAUCGAUGAAGCUGAGAUGUUGCAUCUACCCAAGAUCACAUAGCUAAUAGAUGUCUGAAUUGGAUCUGAAUAGCCCCCAAGCUCCCUUAAUUUAGGUGUGCUCCUGUCUUCUCAGCAUCUAGGAGGAUCAGGGCCUGUCUCCACAGAUGAUUUCUAGACAUGGAGUGAUUGAUUUUUAGGCUGAACUGGGCUGCUUUUAAAUGGAAAAUCUUUUACCGUUUGCAACCAAGCAGAGUUCUUACACUAUUGCAUUGAACAGGCAACAUUGGUUCUUCCUAAGAGGUGUGAAGCUGCUCUGUCCCCCAGGAUCUAGAUCACUGCUAAAUUUACAAUGUGGAUCUUUCUAACAAAAUGCAAGGAAGGCUGAGACUCAGCAAUUGCUAUAGUGUAUUCUGACUGUAACCUCUAAAACUUGGAAAGAGCUUUGGUGAACUGGAAUACAGUAAUCCCCCUAUCCAUGGUUUCAGUUACCUGCUGGCAUCUACAGUCUAAAAAUACUAUGUGCAGUAGGAUAUUUAGAGACCACAUUCAUGUAACUAUUAUAGUGUACUUGUUCUCUUAUUAGUUGUUGUUAAUCUGCUGUGCCUGAUUUGUAAGCUAAACUAUCACUGUUACAUGUGUGUAGGAGAAAACCUGGUAUCUGUAGCAUUCAUUGCAGGCUUCAGUGCUGUCUGGUUUCAGGCAUCCUAUGGGGGUCUUGGACUGUCUCCCCUGUGGAUACGGGGUAGGGGGCAAUUACUGUAGAAGUCCAAUGAAUGUGUCACUUUACUCCGUCUUCAACCCCCUUUCUGCCAUCCCCUCCAGUGUCCUCUUCUACCACCAUCAAACAGCCUGGUUACCUCAGGUUGGGGUUUUUGGAGCAAAGAACUGAAAUCCCAAUCCAAUGUCCCACCCAUUGUGACCUUGAUAAGUUACUUAAUGUCUCUAAACUUAAAAUUUUCUCCUAAUGGGGGGUACUAAUAAGUAUUGAAGGGUAUAACCUCAGAUUAAAGAAAAAUGAGGUACCCGAACAACCAGCACAGUACCUAAAACAAAGUAGGUGCUAAACCGCAUUGAGAGUCAGUGUGUUUCUUAACCACAAAUGUUUCUAUAAACAAAAGGAAAACUAACAACUGUCUUUUAGCAAGUUCCUGCUAAUGAAGCUGACUACUGGCAUCUUGCCUACAUUAUUUUACUUAUUUCCCACACAGUCUCACAAUCUCACGAGGCCUAUAUCUAUUUUGCAGAUGAAGACAUGGAGGCUUGACUGCAUGAAGUGAGUUGUGCAAGGUCCAGACCCAGUAGUGGCAGCACCAGGAUUUGAACAGGUUUAAGUGAACCAAGUGGCCCAGAUUCUCUACUGCCUGUGCUGCCUUCUGGCAGAGGAGAAUGUGCCACCGGCUGAGAAGCUGAAGGGCUGUGUUACUGGUAUGGCCUGGGGAAGAAGGGCCCUUUGUCCAGACAGUCCUCUCUUCAGCUUUAACUGACAGCAUUUUCAUUUCUCAGAAAACGUUUCUCUGAGCUCACACUCUAUGUCACAAGUCAGUUUUAUGUGACUUUGAGUAGUGACAGCCUUGGGACCCAGAUCUGGGUAACUUAAAUGUCAGGGGUUGUGACAAACCCACAGUGCACAGAGCCCAGCAAAGUUAAAGCCAAUGAGCCUCACAAGUAGGGAAACCCUGGCUCUUGACAUUAGCAGAGAGAUCAUCUCUGGUUCAGUGCAAAUUCGUCCACCCCCAUGGUCACUGCCAGUGGAUCAUACAUUUUCUUUUAUGUCUGAGAGAAUGAAUCUGAAGGUUGAUACUAGUAUAUGGGAUUUGAGUUUGGUUUGUUUUAAUGUGGAUUACACAAAAGUUUUAUUAACUGAGGCUGUGUUGUCCACAGUCAAAAUAUUUUGGGGGUUAGUAUUUAGAGAGGUCCACUGUCAUUCCCUUAGUUUAACAGCUAUUAGGCCUUUGAAAAUGAGGCCUUGGUCUGGGCGAGGUGGUGUCGUGCAUCAUCCACUGGGAUGUCUGCCCUUGGUCAGGACUGAAGGAGUCAGAAGGCUACUCUUUUUUUUUUUUAAGGAUUUAUUUAUUGGGGCCUCCCCGGUGGCACAGCGGUUGAGCGCUGGGUUGUGAAGCUGCCAGCAGCCUCUGCAGUGCAAGUUCAAUCCCCGGCUACUCCCCGGCCACUGGAGGGGGGUUCCACAUGGUGCGCAGACCUCUCCUGCCGCCUGCUGCUCCCCUCAGCAGUGUACUUCAUCAGUCUGCCUAUUCUGCUCUCUGCUCUGGCUCUGGUGAAUUCUCUCACCCUCCCGUGCUUCUGACUGUACCCAGUGCUUGUAUAAACAAACAAACAAACAAAUAAAUAAAUAAAUCUUUUAAAAAAGGAUUUAUUAUUUAUGCAUACAAGAACUGGGGUACAGGCCAGAGGUGCAGGGGAGGAGGGUGAGGAUUCACCAGAGAAAGGGUGGAGAGCAGAACAGGCAGAUUGACUGAAAUACACUGCUGAGCGGAGCCGCGGGUGAGACAGGGAAAGUCUGCUGCGCCAUGUGGUUCAGCUCCCUGGCCAGGGAUUGAACUCAUGCUGCAGUGGCAGUGGAUAGCUUCGCAGAGCUGAGACUUAAUUCCUUGUGCCACUAGGGAGGCCCUGAAGGCUGCUCUUAUUUGUGUGGAUUUUGAGAGCCUAUAUAACUGGUGAGUUUAAAUUUUCUAAAACUAGUCUUCUGCACACUGUUCUCUCUACCUUCAAAGUCCCUCCCUGCAUCCAUCCUACCCCCCUGCAAUAAAGAUCUAUUCUUGCAGACUCAGUAGAAAAAAAAAGACACUUCCUCCAUGCUGAUUUUUCUGCUACCCAACGAUGCUCAGGUACUUCCUUCUCUGAGGUUCUUCAGCACUUUGCUCACAUGACCUUGGAUACAAUGGUUUAUGCUUUCAGUUUAAAUUUUCUUCAGUUUCUUGGACCACUCUACAAAGCCUUCAAAGUCAUGCCUUACACCCUAUUCAUCUUUGUGCUCUUGGGACUUUCCCUAACCUGGCGCAUACCAAGUGCUCAAUAAAUAAGAGACUGAAAAUACCAAACUUGCACCUGCAGACUGAGAGAUUGAACUUUCGCUAGUACUCCUUCUCCCACCAUGCUGCUUCCCCGCUAGUUUCUUCAUUAGCCACUUUAGUGACCAUGCUUUGCUUCUAUUGGUCUCUAGAAAUAGGACCACAGUUGACUUCAGGCAAAAAUCAAUCCCUUUUGCUCUUAGAGAGUUGGAAAACUACUCCUUGUACAUCAGGGAGUCCCUUCUGAGUCAUGAGGAUGACUACUGGGAAAAGAAUACAGAUGUGGCAGGUGCUCUGAGGCUUGGGUGCAAAGCCAAACUUUGGGCUUCAGGUGGUAUUUUUUUUUUAAAUAUUUAUUUACUU